GUGUCGUCACAUCGCAGUGGCAACUUAAGCGGCUGUCCGAGCGUCAGUCCGUUUAGUUGGCACGGAAGCAGCAUUUGGAGCACCAUGGCUCAUACAACGCACCUUUCCACUUCGCAGGUCUGUAAAAACUUUCCGCUUUAUGCUAAGAAAAGUGACGACCCAUUUUUGCUAUUGCUUCCGUGCCAACAAGUGCUCUGUGAAAUUGUCGCAGAUUGUUUCUCUAUGGCGUUGCUGUUAUUGUGCUCAGGUGACGUGGAAACUAAUCCAGGUCCUACUACGCGUACUGAGGCAUUACUCGAGCUGCAGAAUUUGCCAUCAAAUCCUUCUGAGCAGACGGAAGUUCUUUUCCGGCUGUUAAAAGACCUUCAGGCUCGUUCUGUACAAUCUGCUAAGGGUCAGGCCGAGUUGGUUAACGACGUCAAGGCUAUUAAGGUUGGUCAAAAGAACAUCGAGACCAAAAUGGAAUGUAUCCAGAAGAGAUUAGACAACCUUGAAGAAAAAACAAAUGUUCUAGACCAUCUCCAUGAUGAAAUGACUGGCAUUCAGGCGUCGGCUCAAGCCCAAACAACUCGGCUUGACUCUUUACUAAUGCGCGUUGACGAACUUGAGGACAGAUCGCGACGCAACAACCUCAUAUUUCAUGGCAUCCGUGACUCUCGGGAAUCGUGGGAACAGUCCGAAUCACGCAUAAGAGAAGCACUAACCGGUGUAAUCGACAGCCUGCCUGACACGGCAAUCGAACGUGCUCAUCGCAUUAGUCACUACACGCCUAAUAAGUGUCGCCCAAUUGUAGUUAAAUUCACCAACACGAAAAUAAAUGACAAAGUAUUUUCUAUGCGCGCACAGCUGAAAGAAAAGGGUAUUUCUAUCUCCGAAGAUUUUUCGCCCGCCACCCGUCACGUCCGUAAAAAACUAAUUGAGUACGCUAAAAGCCAGCCCCAACCAUGCCCUUUCCAGUUAAGGUACACCAAACUAAUAAUGAAUAAAAAACAGUUCGUCUAUGACCCGGCAACAGACACCGUCAACGAGCAUGCGCCAUAUGAACCACGAGAUAACGGUGGGCAUGCAAAUUCCCAGCACGUGCCCAGUUAG